GCUACAACUGACCAUAUUCGCCUAGGCCAAUUUCCGGAUUUCCGGCAGAUCGGUGUAAACUUGCGUGAGAGCUCCAGGACUUAGUCCAUUAAAAUUUAGUGGCGAGCAGAACAGGGAAGCAUUAUUUCAUCAGAGGGAUCAAAGGGAUCAGAGCUACGAAGCAAUGGCAGAUUUGGAACGUGCUGACAACGUUGAGGGUGAUUCAGACUACUCUGAUAAUGAUGUUGAAGAUUCAGCCACUGAUGAGGAAGAUGAUGAUGAUGAUGAUGAUGAUGAAGAAGUAGUGGGUGAUGAUGAUAUUUCAGAGGAAGAUCCUGAAGAAAUUCCAGCGGACAAUGAUGAAGACGGUCACAUCAAUGACAAUGAAAAUGUCGAAAUGGAAAUUGAUAAUAAUCAAGAAGCAAUGAUAGUGAAUCCCCAAGUUGCAUAUUUCACAGGAUGGAAUAUUGUUGGUAUGCGCGUGCCAUUGCAAUAUAACCAAAAUGUGUCAGCUGUUGACAUCUUAAUGUUAUCGUUGGCACAGUUCAUAAGGCACAAGUCUACUUAUGAACAACUGAUCAGUAUCCUUAAAGGGUAUAAACUAAUGUUCAGACAUAUUAAUAUACCCACAACCAAGGAUGCAUUAUGGAGAGUACUUGGCCGAACGGGCGAAAACACUAAUUACCGUUUCUUUUGCUCCCAGUGCAAAGAUGAAGUAGGUGAAGGAAUGGUGAGAGUGAGGUGCCGUUGCGGAAGAUGUGGCCCAGACGAAAACGAGACCUUCAUUGCUGUUUACGUGCAAAUACUUCUGCGUCCUCAAAUAACUGAUUUACUGCAACUUCCAAACAUGGCAGAAGCUUUGCGGUAUAAGUAUAACAGAAUAAAGUUAGAUGAGGAAGCCGUUGAAGAUAUUUACGAUGGAGAACAAUAUAAGCUACUGAGUGAACCUGGUGGAUUUUUAGAGAAUCCAAACAAUUUCUCGUUUACUUUGUGGACCGAUGGACUUAAAUUGACAAAAUCCUCCCGUGCUUCUACGUACCCUGUAGUACUUCAACUAAACGAACUGUCUCCAUUUUCCAGAAAAAAAAAUUUAUUGUUGGCGGGUUUGUGGGUCUCGGAUGAGCAUCCAGCAACCAUGAAUACAAUACUGCGGCCAACAGUAAAUGAGCUAAGAGAUUUAUACGUAAACGGAAUACGUUGGAGACCAGAUGGCGGAGAAGAAGUGACUAGUAAAUUUAUAAUCACCACUCUUACCGCUGAUUCUCCGGCUAAAUCCGAUGUUCUCAGGGCGAAAAGGUAUAAUGGAGAAAAUGGAUGCCCUGCUUGUCUUGCUCCAGGAGAGACUGUUGACAAUAGACGAGUUUAUGCUGCAGAGGAAUAUGAAAUGCGACGGGAUGACACCUUCAGGCAUGACGCAUUGCAAGCAAUUGCCAGAGGCACGCCAGUAAAUGGAAUAAAAGGGUUCACAGCUUUAGCAAGACUGCCACACUUUGAUCUGGUAGAUGGUGUCGUUGUUGAUCCCGCACACAAUCCUUUUUUGGGAGUUGCCAAACGUUUGGUUGAACGUUUUGUAUCCGAUGUAGACGAUCCUUGGUACAUCGGAACUCCUGAUCAGAAGGCAAUAAUUGAUGAAAGGAUAUUAACAAUAAAACCACCUUCAAGGAUCUCCAGAUCUCCACGCAGCAUAAAUACCUACAGAAUGUGGAAAAUAUCAGAGUGGCGUAAUUGGCUGCAGUAUUAUGCACUUCCAUGUUUACACAACAUAUUGCCUCAGGAAUAUUUUGAUCACUUAACGUCUCUCUGUGUUGCAAUAAAUAUUUUAAAUUCUUCAUCGAUUUCUCAUGACAAAUUUAACACCGCCAAAGAUUUAAUUGCUCAAUUUGUCAAAGAUUAUCAAAGGCUAUAUGGCUUGAGGCACAUGCUCUUCAACGUGCACAUAUUAAAUCAUUUGGUGCAAUCUGUGGAGAAUUGGGGUCCUCUGUGGGUAUUCUCGGCUUUACCAUUUGAAUCCUUAAAUAAGAACAUUGUCGAUUUUGUUAAGAGCCCACAUCACAGAGCCGAUCAAAUCACAACUAGAUUCUUCAUGAAGAAAUUCAUAUCCGUUGCACCAAGGCUUAUGGAAAUCGAUGAAGGAAUAAGGAACGAAGUUAAUCACCUUCUUAAAAUAAAACAUCAUCAUAUAGAAGGAACAGCAGAAGGUAAUUAUUAUUUAGCAAAGGGAAGAACCAUACUUUGUGCUCCAACCAACGAAGAAGUGCGUCUUGUAAGACAAGCGGGGUUCAGAAUAAAUCCGGCAGCACCUAUUACCAGGACUAAUAAAGCCACCAUACAUGGUACGGAAUACCGGAGGAAGGACAAUUUAAGGAGAAAAUUUUGCAAUUCCAUAGCAUAUUGUAAACAGUCACCCCAUUGUGAUAGAACAACAUUCUACGAAAUUUCAACAAUUUUCUCCUAUUUUCACUAUGGUGAAACAGUUGCCGGAAUAGUGGGAAAACGAAUUCGAAGCAAUGGAGAUGCAUACGGAACUCCUCACAUGCAGUAUGCCAGUGUAAUGGAAGAAAAAGAAUUCGUCACAUACAGCAAUAUUAUUAGUCCAGGAUUUCUUCUUCCCAGCACCAACAAUGAUCUCGUCGUUGUUCCUUUGAGCAACGUGUGGGAAACUGAUUAAACAUCAAUUAAAGAAAAUUUGCAAAUACACACACACAUACAUACACACAUACAAAUUAUCAGCUACGCUUAUAUAUUUACAAACAUCAACAGACACACACACACUUGAGCCCCUGAAGAAUUAAUUGACAUCAUGCAGUAUUAUAAAAAAUGCAGGUUCCAGACGUUCAUCACGUAUGGAUGAAAUACUCCCAAGAAAUGAAUUACCUCUAUCAAUUGUACUUAUAUUUCAAUCGGCAACACAUAAAAAAACAGUGACUGACAAAGUCAAAUUAUUUACCGCACGUCGUUGUGAAUCGACACUACUUAUAAAGAGCAAAUGGAAAAUAAUUAAUUGAGUCACGAUAUUUGGCUAAAAAAUCAAAUCGUUGCAUUAAUUCUGGAGGAAAUUCAUGCCCAUCGACUUUGCAAUGGACAACCGAGCACAAACUAUGUUAUUUGCGAAGUUAUUCAAAGCUUCGCCUUCGUACAGUCAAGAUGUACAAGCAAAAAGGAGAAAAUAUAUACGCAGAAACUUUCAAUACUACCUUUUUAAAAACAAAUGGUAAAUUUAAAUUAAAAAAACCUUCAGAACUUCUGCAAUAGUCGGACGUUAUGCGUUACAUUGAUAUCUGGAGAUUAAAUUGGAAAGAAUGAAAAGUUCAUAAAUUUCUUCAUAGCAGUUUAUUGUCAAAGGUACAGCUUCUUCUACAUGUGACCGCAAUUUUGAAUCCUAUGGACAUCCCAUCCAACGGGUUUGAAGGAAAUUAAUUCUGCCUAAUGAAAAUUCAACUAUUUUCAAAGAAUCUUAAUUAAAAGAUUCCAAAAAUCUAAUUUUUUUAGAUUUUCUAAAUUAAAUGAUUCAAAAGUUCAACAAUGUCAUUAAAAAAUAUUUGAAU